AUGACGAACAACAAGACGGUCAAGAUCGGGGUGUUCAUCCCGUUCGAGUGCCAGCUCCUCGACAUGGCCUGCAUCGACGUCUUCGCAAUGAUGUCCAAGGAGUACCUCGGCGGGUUGCCCAUGCUGCCGAAGCACAUCUCGGCGCUGGCGCCCAGCGUGAGCAUCUUUUACAUCACGGCCCCCGCCGCAGCCGGCACCGAGACCGCCGAGCCGCGCCCCCCGAACUUGUUGCAGCUCACGGCGGGCGUCAAGAUGCAGGCCACGCACGACAUCUUGCACCCGGACGUGCAGCCGGGCAGGCUGGACGUCCUUCUCGUACCCGGCCCGGACCCGGACGCGAGCUGGGGCGAGGAUGUGCUCGGGUUCCUGAAGGACCAUGCCGAGCAGAGGGAAGUGACGGACGUGUUGAGCGUCUGUACGGGCGUUUUUCUGUGCGGCGCCGCGGGGGUGUUGGAGGGGAGGAUGGUCUGCGGGCCGAGGGGCUUGCAGGACAUGUUGAGGAAGAGGUUCCCCGGGGCCGAGUUCGUCGGGGAGAAGUAUCGGUGGUUCCAGGACGGGAACUUUUGGAGUUGCGAGUCGACUCCUGCUUGGAGCCAAUGCCGAGAUGGAAGGGCCGUGGCUGAUUUGACGACAGGCGGCAUCACGAACGGCAACGACCUCGUCGCGGCGUACGCGCGGGGCAGUAGGAAGCAUUUCCCCGCGGCCAUUGCUGAGAUUGGGUGCCAGCUGGCCGACGUCGGGGAUAGGCCGCAGCUGUACGAGCAAGGUCAGACGAAGUUCUUCUUGGGGUUCGUGUGGCAGAUUGUCAAGGCUUGGUUUGGGGAGCCGAGCAAGGACACGGAGAAGAAGGACAUCUGA